UUUUCCGUAGGUAGGUACAACAUCGGCAUUUAUCAGUUGGGAAGAAGUUGUUUACACUCCACUGUGACCUUCAGUACUAUCAGUGCGUUAAAUGCAUGUAUAUAAAACACAGUCCUCUUAAAGGCUGUACCAAUUCAUUACGGAAAGGGGUCUCGUAAGGACGGCAAGGAUGAAGUACCACUUCCAGGGGUUGAUGUCACCAGUGUUGACUCCUUUCAAGAGAGACAGUGCACAGAGUGUCAAUCUUGAUAUCAUACCAAAAUAUGCUAAAUAUCUUUCUGAUGUUGGAAUUAAUGCUGUCUUGGUAAAUGGAACAAGUGGAGAAGGAAUGUCAAUGACUGUUGAUGAGAGGAAAGCAGUUACAAAGGCAUGGGUAGAUGCUGCAAAAACCACCAAACAAGUUGUCAUGGUUCAGGUUGGAGGAGCUUGUAUGAAGGAUGUCCUUCAUAUGGCAAAACACUGUGAGGACCUUGGAGUUUCUGGACUGCUUUGUUUGCCUGAACUUUUCAAUCGCCCUGCUUCAAUUCAGGACCUGGUGAGGUACCUGAAAGAAGUUGGAAAAGCUGCACCAAAAACACCAUUAUUAUACUACCAUUUACCAGCUUAUACCGGUGUAAACUUCAGUGUUCCAAAUUUCUUGGAGGCUGCCUUGAAGGAAAUACCAACAUUUGCAGGUGCAAAGUAUACAAACACAAAUAUAGAAGAAGCAAUACAAUGUUUAUUGGUAAACAAUGGUGAUGUAAGUGUUUUCUUAGGAUGUGACCAGGUUCUGGCAGGUGCAGCUACUCUUGGAUAUAAUUCUACUAUAGCUACAACACUCAACAUGCUUCCUGGGCCAGCACAGAAAAUUUUUGAGAGUAUUAAGAAAGGUGAUGCACAUGAGGCCCAUAAACAGCAAAUGAUACUAAACCAGGCUAUUAAAGCCAUGACGAGAUACGGUGUUUGGGUACCUGCAAUGAAAGCAGCCAUGAAUCUGAUGACUCCAAUUGAUGUGGGUGAGCCACGUCCUCCCCUGGUUGGAUACUCAGAGCAAGAGAAGAAACAACUUAAGGAGGAACUGAAGUCACUGAAACUGAUCUCUUAAGGAUGAAGAAAUAUCAUGAUUCACUGAUGAUAUAACAAACACUUGAAUAUAGAACUACAAUUCUGUAUUAGUGUUUCAACUGCCAUUGGCACAUUUUGCAAAUAUACUACUAAAACAUCAA